AUGCGCGUCGCCGAAGCCGUCGGCACAGCCGCUGUACUGACGGCGGGGCGAACCAUCAUCAUCAACCAGUUCCCGCAGCGGAUGAACUUGGCCGUCAGCCUGGUGGAGGGUAUGUACGGAGGGGGUCUGUGCCUGGGACCGGCGAUCGGCGGCGUGCUAUACUCGGCUGGCGGCUACGGGGCGCCGUUCUACGUGCUUGGUGCCCUGCUCAUGGGGAACGCCGCCGCCAGCCUGCUCCUGAUGCCGACAGUGACAGACUACUCGGUCGAGCAAGUGGAAGAGGAGGGUGAAGUGUCGCAUCUUCGCGACAGACUCCGUUUGGUGCUCUCUAGCGCGGACACCUGGUUCAUUUUCACGGCCCUCUUUCUCAAUGGGGUGAAUUGGACUGCAGUUGAUUUGAACAUUGAGCCCUACACGCUGCACACGCUCGACAUGCAGCCCGACGAGCUGAGUCUCUUCUUUCUGGGCUCAUUUGCCGGCUAUACGCUCUCCAGCCCGCUGUGGGGCCGACUCUCGGAUUAUAUCGACAACACGUUCCUGCUUGAAGCCUGCUGUUUAUCGCCGACCGCGCUGGGCAUUCUGCUCAUCCCUCCGUCGCCGCUGCUCGGUCUCCGGCCGUCCCGCCUGCUGCUCGGCGUGGGGAUGACGCUGCGCGAGGUGUUUCAAGUGGGCGCCUACGUCCCGUUGCUGCCGCUGGCUGUGCGACUCUCCACUGCGCGAGGUCUGCAGAGCGACGUGCGCGCCCAGGCGCUGGUGACGUCUCUGUGCGGCGCCGCCUACUCCUUCGGUAGUAUGACUGGUCCGAUGGGCGGCGGGCUGGUGACGGACCGCUGGGGCUUCCCGGUGCUGGCCACAGGGCUGGGAGGCGUCACCGUGCUCCUCUGCCUGGCCAUGGCCGUACGUGGAGUGGUGUAUCACGCGGCGCGACGAGCGGCGCCGGCUGCCGCUCCCUGA